GUAAGAAAAGAAGAAGAAGAGGUGGAGAGUGAGAAAGACAGCGAAUGAAGGAAUGGAAAUGGAGUCUGGUCCUCCUCCCAACGAUCUCUGUUCAAUCUGCCAUGCCAACUUUCACAUUCCUUGCCAAGCCAAUUGCUCUCACUGGUUUUGUGCAAAUUGCAUCAUGCUCGUGUGGCAGCACGCAUCAGGAACAAGUUCUUGCAAAUGCCCUCUCUGUCGCCGACCCAUCACUCUCUUAAUCCCCACCGAACACUCUCUCAGCCAGCGUCAUGACCCUGAAGUUGCUCAGAUUCUCUCCAAAAUUCAUGCUUAUAACCGUGUCUUCGGUGGCCAACCCUCCUCUUUUUUUCAGAGAGUGCAAGAUCUUCCUUUUCUGUUGCACAGGCUGCUUCGGGAGUUCCUAAACCCUCAAAGAUCCCUUCCUCUUGUCAUCCGCGCCCGUGUCUUUGUUGCUAUGAUUGCAAGUGUUGUAUACAUCCUGAGCCCAAUUGACCUCAUUCCUGAAGCUAUAUUAGGAAUAGUUGGUCUCUUAGAUGAUGUCUUAAUUGGGCUCAUCUGCUUCCUACAUGUUGCUGCCCUUUAUAGAUCAGUUCUUUACCUCCGUCAUGCCGGUUCCUGAACAUGUUCUACAAAUUUUCAAUUUCUGUCCUCAUGUGGAUUUAAACAUCAAGUGUACUUUCUUUUGUAUGUACAUAUACAGCUUCAAUUGCAAAUAGUGGAAUCAGUAAUGGAAAUUACAAUGGAAAAGUGCUCUUAA